CUUUUGGGCGGUAUCGCUCGGCACAACACCUGAUAGAAAUGACUGAGGGCAAACACACAAGUCAGAAUAGGUGAGUUUGAUCUAAGCACCUUCUUGACACGGUACAAAAAGAGUACUCUUUACAGCCUUAAAAUAGGGUGACUCCUACUGGAUUUAAUCUACCGGGAGCCUUCUUUGGAGCAAAAUUGGCAUACAACAACAUUAUGGUUUUUGUAGCUAAUAAUAACUUUAAGAACAAAAACAUCAGUAUUUCACAGCAAGAAUGUACCAUAAUUUUAUGAUUUUGUUAACAAUAUGUAUCUUCAAAAAAAAGUGUACUAUCUACUAAAUAGGCAUAAGUUAAUAGAGCAAACGAAUCAGGGUUUAUGAUAAAAACCUGUAGUCAAUAUAGUGUAAAACCUCAAACGGUUGUUAAGCACAUCCACUACACCGUGGUACGCUGGCGGUAAAGUGUUUUCAACCUCCCGACGCAUAAAUGGGUCGAUCUCAUUUCUACGAAAUUGGUCAGUUUAGUCAAUGUAUUGUCUGUGAACAGCUUUAGAAAUUUUUAUUUUGUGAAAAUGUGUAGACAAAUGACUUCAAUAUAAAUAUUUAGCAUCUAAAAGGCCCAAGUGCGACACGGGACGUUUAUAGGAUGUAUACGUUUAGUUAGUCAAAUGGCACCCCCCACGCGGUGACGCUGAAUGGUUCCGUCCAAGUGGGACUGACUAUUUCUCCCUUUUCCCUAAAGGCGAUGGCUUUAUUUACAAACCUAGAUUCUUUCGUGUAUUUACCAAAUAAAUAAUUGCUAUCAAUCAUACAUUAAUUUCCAUUUUUCAGGGUAGGGACAGCGGCUUUAACCGGAUUGUAUUGUUUAGAUUGUGCGUCUAUUUCUUUGUAGGACACCCCUGUCAUUAUUGGGCACUGCUGCUGCCACUUCCUUGUUCAAAAGUUUUAUUUUAGGGGAAGGCUUGGUGAAAAGUUGGAUACCGGUUGAUAUAUUUCGACGUCAAAUAUUAACGGUAUGGAUCGCAUUAAUUGUACAUGUUGGCAUGACUAGCGUGUAGCUAUCGCGGUUUUCCCAUGGCUGUGAUUAUUAGAAGCUGGCUAGCGUUGCACUGAGAGGUUCCAUAAAGAGAAAGAUGUCCACGGCUAACGCAGACAUCCGAGAGAGGUUCCCCCUGCACUCAGCCGUUUGGGAAAAUGACUACAGGACUCUGGAAGAACACAUUAACCUUCCACAGAAUGACAUUGAGGCUGUGGAUCCCAGAGGCCGGACACCUCUGCACCUGGCUGUGUCGCUCGGGCACCUGGAGUCAGUGAGAGUCCUUUUGAGACAUGGUGCUGAAGUGACUAAAGAAAACAGCAUGAAUUGGACAGCUCUACAGGAGGCAGUCAGCACCGGAGACCCAGAGAUGGUUCAGUUAGUGCUGCAACGCAGAGACUACCUCAAAGCCUCCACUGCUCUGGGAGGAGUGCCUGAGCUGCUGGCAAAGAUCAGAGAGUCUCCAGACUUCUAUAUGGAAAUGAAGUGGGAAUUCACUAGUUGGAUCCCUCUUCUGUCCCGGGUUUGUCCAAGUGAUGUUUGUCGCAUUUGGAAAAGUGGCGCCAGCCUGCGAGUGGAUGCCACUCUCCUAGGCUUUGAAAACAUGACUUGGAUCAGAGGGCGCAGGAGCUACAUCUUCAGAGGAGAUGAUUCAUAUGCAGAGUUGAUGGAGGUGAACCAUGACGAUGAGGUUGUGGACACUGAACGCUUCAACAUAUCUCAAGAAAUCGAGGAGGUCACGCUGGAGUCAAUGCAGCCAGCUGAACAGGAAGUUGCCAAAAGGCUGACCACUCCUAUUGUCAACACAUACUUGGACACCAAGGAUAUUGCUUUUGAGAGGAACAAAUCUGGAAUGUGGGGCUGGAGAGCUGACAAAACUGAAAUGGUCAAUGGAUUUGAUUCAAAGGUUUUCAGUGUGAACAAUGUAAACGUGGUAAUCAGGACAAGGACGGAGCAUCUAACAGACGAGGAGAAGGCCAGGAUAAAAAGUGAAAGGAACAUAUUGGAGUCUCUGCUUGGGACCGUGGAGCAGCACAUAAGUGCACAAGGGGACCUGACUCUUGAGUAUGCCACGGCCACCAAUCCCACUGCCAUCACUCCAGAGGAAUACUUUGACCCUGACUUUGACCUGGGGAACAGAGACAUUGGCCGACCCAUUGAGCUGAGCAUUCGGACACAGAAGUUCAAAGGUACAUUGUGGAUGAGCGAGGAACAUCCCCUGUCCCUGGUGGAGCAGGUUACCCCCAUUAUCGACUUGAUGGCUCGGACCAGUUCCCAUUUUGCACGUCUGCGAGACUUCGUCACCCUGAAUUUCCCUCCUGGAUUUCCUGUUAAAAUAGAGAUUCCCUUGUUUCAUGUGCUGAAUGCCAGGAUUACAUUUGGUAACGUCAAUAAAUGCAGUACCGAAGAGGAGGCCAUCGCCACACCAGCCGCCACGCCAGCCACCACGCCAGCCGCCACGCCAGCCGCUACGCCAACAUCCUCAGGAGAAGAGGAGGAAGCUGCAGGCAGAAAUGCAGAAGCGAUGCCUCCAUUUCAGGUGUGUCCUUCAGUGUUUGACGUUCCCGCCACUUACCACCGCAGAGGAGGGAGUCGACACACACCCGUGUCCAACAACGACGAGGAGUUGUUGCAGUACGCCAUCCACCAGAGUCUCCUGGAGUCUCGCAGGGUUCCUGGCGAGGAUGGAAACUCAGAGGAUGCUGAUGCGGAAUUUACUGAUGUGAUGCCCUGCAGCCAGAGUGACAGGAGUAUCCCAGAGGGGGUGCUAGUGGAAUAUGGAGACACCCCGAGUCCCGUCAGCUCCCCCUCCGCCUCCAGCGCAGACUCAGAGCUCCGUCUGGCCAUGGAGCUCUCUGCACGGGCCCAGGAGGAAGAGGAAAGGCUCAGGAAGCAGGAGGAAGAGGAGCUGGCGAUGAUCUUGCAGCUAUCACUUACUGAAAAGUAAAAAGGGAAAAAGAGGGAAGAAUGAUGAUAAUAAUAAUAAUAAUACAACUUUUCCAGAUCCAGAAGCAACUACCACACCUCAGUAUUCCUCCCUAACCACUGUAGUCAUCUAUGCAAGUGCAGGUUCCUUUCUGUAGCUGAUCGUUCUUGCACAGGCAGACCCUCGCUAUCUAAUUUUUUUCCAAAAGGUAUUUUUGGUAAGAGCAUAAUCUUUUAUAUAUUUCUAUCUCAGCAUAGUGCAUCUCCAUCCUCAAGGUUAAUUCAUGGACUCUUUCAGAUCAUUUUGGGUUGGUUCUUCUAAUUAUUUAUUUUCUAACAGCAGCAACCUGCGUGUGUUGAUCACAUUGUUGUCCGAGGGAGGUCGGAUCAGUGUAAUUAAGGUUCAGUGAACAAAAUGACUUCCUAAGUUGUCUUCAUGUUGUGCUGGCACUCAGAUCCAGAGUACUACGUACAUGUUGCUUCAGUCCCUGGUUUUUAAAUGGCUAGAAUGAAAUCAGCCUAGCACAGUAAAAAGCUACUACUACCCUGGACCUGAAGGGACAGAUUUGAGUGUCCUCCCUGUGAAGUCUUCCUACAGAGUCACUUUGAUGAGGACCGGGAGCUCACUGACGAACGGAAAUCUCAGGGUUCUAGUUUUACACAAUUUUCCUUCACUUUGGAGUUAGUUUGUACAUCUAUUGGAAGUUGCAGCGCAAUGUUUCUUUGAGGCUAAAUCAAAACGCUCAUGCAUAUCUGCCUUAUCAUUAUAAACGUAGAGGUUGGGUUCAUGAAUUAAGAAGAAUUAACUAAAUGCAUUUUCCUGUAAACACACUGCAACGGAAGCAUGUUUCAUUAAGAAACGUCAAAGCAGCUGCAUGGUAAUGUAAAUUGUCUGCUGCAACAAGGAUGGGGGUUUAACUUUCCCGGCCUGGUUUUUUAUUUGAAUUUUUUCUCAGAUUUCAUGGGGAGAAUGGAAAUAUUUUUGUUAACUCACUGAGCAACUUCAAGCACCUCAGUUUAAAUCCUCAACAGCAGAGACCAGUUCUGUACAUUUACAGCCGUCAUGCAGUUAAAAGGCAGUCACACAACCAAUGCUGCAGAGAUUAUUCAGAUUCCUCAAGGCAUACUGUUAGCUUUUUGUAGCCAUGAACAACCUUUGACCUCUGAGCAGAAGAAGAGACAGCACAGACGCUUGAGAUGCCCGCCAUCUGUAGGAUUAGCUUCUUCAGCAUGUGCCAAGAGACUGCUUUGUUCUGACAACGCUUGGUGGGGGCAAGAGGUGGUGACAAUAUAUUUGGUGCCACUUGGACUAAACUUUUGAAUAGUUAUAUUUCAUUUUUUUGUACCUUUUUUAAAAAAAAACAUGAUUAAGAGGUUUCCAUUGUACCAGGGUGAUGCUGAGUAACAUGCAUUAACCACUAUAGUUGAUUUCACUGACAGCCAACCACUUAUCAACGGUCUCUCUGUGAAGCUGCGUCUCGCUUUCAGGGCCUGCAGCUGAAAAACGACUUAUUGUGUAACAAACAAGUUUCCAAACUGCUGAACAGUCGACUUUAAAAAGGCUAGCUUUUGUUCCUUUACUGCAGGUCUUUGUAAUGCACCGUUUCAGCUGCAACAUUUUCUUUUUUAAUAUGUUAAGAUUUUAAGACAUUGUCUCGAUUUCAAAAUGUUUCUAAAAUAAAAAGCACUUUAUUUCCAUAAGGAAUAAA